AUGAGCUCCUUAUUAACAUCUUAUGAAUCAGAUUUUAAAACAACACUAGAGCAAGCCAAAGCGGGCUUAUCAGAAGCGCCCUCGCAGCAGAUAUCUCAGAGGAAUUCCACUUUGAAGCAGGUGGAGCAACAACAAGAUGAACUAUUCGACUUGUUAGAUCAGAUGGAUGUGGAGGUAAACAACAGUAUAAGCGAUGCCUCGGAACGUGCUACGUAUAAGGCAAAAUUAAGAGAAUGGAAAAAGACAAUACAAAUUGAUAUCAAGAGGCCACUGCAGUCUCUUGUGGACUCAGGUGAUCGUGAUAGACUCUUCGGAGACCUUAAUACAUCUAAUCUUGACGAAGACCAAAGACAACAGCUGUUAAGCAACCAUGCGAUUUUACAAAAAUCCGGAGAUAAAUUAAAGGAUGCCAACAGGAUAGCAAAUGAAACUGAAGGAAUAGGGUCCCAAAUCAUGAUGGACCUGAGGUCACAGAGAGAGACCUUAGAAAACGCAAGGCAUACCCUGUUUCAAGCAGAUUCAUACGUCGAUAAGAGUAUAAAAACACUAAAAACAAUGACCAGAAGAUUGGUUGCUAAUAAAUUCAUAAGUUAUGCCAUUAUUGCUGUGCUAAUAUUAUUGAUCCUUUUGGUUUUGUUUUCAAAAUUUAAAUAA